ACUCUUUGAACUCUAAUUUUAUUGCUAAAUUUUUGCGUUGCGUUCGUAAUCAACACUUUCUUUAUACCUUUGGCAUAUUUAAAAGCAAAUCAGUCAAACAAUUAUUUGCGCAGUGAAUAAUAGUUCGUGAGUUGUUUAAAAACAUCAAAGCAAUUCUUUAUAUGUGAUUAUGCUUGAAUAUUUAUUUUUUACGUUUUGCUUUAAAGUAACUUUUUUGUUGUUGUUAUCUUUGAUGACCUGUUUUAGGACUUGAUGGUUUUGACUAGAACUUGAAAAUGCGUGACACAUUGCUGUAACGUUUAUAAAACAAUGUUAAUAAAUAUUUAUCAGGAAAUAAUUCAGCGCCAUGUUUUUAUUUCUGCAAAAAGAAUUAUACUGGUGGAAAAAUUUUAUUAAGAAAAUUGUAUUUAAAUAACAAACCAAAUAUUGAUAGAAAAUUAACUUUUCAAAUUAUUAUGUUUAGAUCUAACAUUUUCCCUUCAUAAUAAGUAAUAUAUAUGCUGCUGUCAUUCAUGAAUAGUGCUGAAUUCGGUAAUGGGCUUGGAAUGCAGUUUUUUAAUGUGCUUCAUCGUGAUAUCGUUCUGCAUUGCAGAAGGAGCGUUGCUGAUUACAGAUGAGUGCAGAGUUUAUGAUAGAAGUGAUGAGUUUGGGAAAGCUGCGUUUUGCACACAAUUCAUUUCUAAUCUAACUUCCUAUAGCCUCCCACUUAAUACCACAAGGUUACAAAUCUAUAGAACUUACAAUUUAUCGCAGACAUUACCAUUAGCACCCAAUUUAAACAUGUUGACGACGCUUGAGCUUCCUAACGAUAACCUUGUCAAUGUUUCUAGUGGAAUGUUUGAAGGAUUGUACAAUCUCACAGUAUUAUCAUUGGCUAACAACAGAAUUCUGAAAUUGCCGGAAGGUUUGUUUAAAAAUAAUUUAUACAUCUCAAGAAUUGAUCUAACGCGAAACUAUCUUUUGUCAUUUGAAGCAUGUACUGUCGCUCUAAAAAAUUUAAAAUACCUCACAGAUAUAAAUUUAUCUGGCAACAAAUUACUGAGAAAUAUUUUUCAAACUGAAACUGAUGUUCUAGGAGAAUUGACCAUACAGAAGCUGGACAUAUCAGAUUGCGCGAUAGAGGUAAUUGAAAUAGCGGCUUUUGAAAAUUUUCACUCUCUCAGUUUCUUAGAUAUAUCUAUGAAUCCGCUAAGUGAAAAGGCAAUGAAAAAUUUAAGCCAAGGUUUAAAUUUAUCAGCGUUGAAAGAAUUCCGUGCUACAGAUAUGAAAUUCACAGCAUAUUUUUCUAACUCUUUCUUAAACAGGCUGAAGUGGACGAAUAUUGAAAAAUUAGACCUUUCUAACAACAAAUUUACCAGCUUUCCUCGGGGGCAUUUCCCUCACCUAAAAGAACUUAUUAUUAAUAAUUGUGUCAUCAAUGUUCUUAUGAACGGUUCGAUUUCAGACAUGCCAAGAUUAGAAGUACUAACAAUACAAAAACACCAAAUCAGCCAUAUUGGAAACAUAUUUCAUAAUAAUAGAAAUUUGAUAUCUUUAGAUUUAAGUGAAUAUGUAACUUUUACGAUAGUUUCAAGAGAGUCUGCGACUGUAGACAUGACCAUUGAAGACUACUCGUUUAAAUAUUUGAAGAAUUUGGAAACUUUGAUUUUGAGAAAAACCCCUCUGAGGGGAGUUUUGAGACGCUUCAUGCUGUUUGGUUUGACGAAUCUUACAAAAUUAGAUUUUUUUAACUGUGCCUUUGAAUCCAUACAAGAAAAUGCAUUUGAGACUUUAAGCAGUUUGAGGUCGCUUGAUUUAUCAUUUAAUAUAAUCUUUGAACUACCUGAUAAAGCGUUCUAUGGCCUUAAAAAUUUAAAAAAUUUAGAUCUGUCGCGAAAUAGGCUGACAUUUUUGAAAUCAAGCGAACUUUUAAAUCACACUCCAAAACUUGAACUGCUGAAUCUCAACAGAAAUAAAAUUCAAAGUUUAUCGAUAAAAAUGUUUUCCAAACUUCAUUCAAUCGAAAUGAUACAGGUCUCUGAGAAUCAGAUUCAACCAUGGAAUAAAAAACUUUUUCAAAAUAACCCGAACUUAACAAUUUUUAUUUUUUCCGAAAAUUAUGUGAACUAUUUUACUCGUGAAAUGCUUCAAGAUAUAAGCUAUUUAACACAUGUUGAUUUUUCGAAAAAUCCAUUUGAUUGUUCUUUUUGUUCUACCGUUGAACUGCAAUCCUGGAUGAACGAUACCAACGUAACAAUAUCGAAUCUUCAGCGCGAAUUACAUAGUUAUGAUUGCUAUUCACCCGAAUCAUUAAAAGAACAGUCUUUAAUGGAUGUUAAUUUAUCAGAUCUUGAACUAAAGUGUGUUCCAUACAUUUUCGAUUUUAUAAUGUUUGCAUAUUCUUUAAUUUCAUGCUGCAUUUUCAUUACAUUCAUUGUAGUCGCUGUUUGGUAUAAAUGGAAAUGGAACAUCAGAUAUAUAGCAUUCAGAUUAAGAACAAGAACGAAACGAUUCAAAGAAAAUGUCAAGCGAUUUGAGUUUGACGCUUUCGUGAGCUAUUGUGAAAAGGAUUUCCCGUGGGUGAUAAACCAACUUAUACCUGCUAUUGAAGAAAAUGAUCCUAAUAUAGUAUUAUGUUUGCUUGAUCGCGAUUUAUGUGCCGGGAACUCCAUAUUUGACAGCAUCAACUCUGCGGUUGAGCAAAGUCGAACUACUAUUCUUGUACUCAGCAACGCGUAUAUGAAUUCCAACUGGAACGUUUUUGAAACUCAAAUUGCACAGAGCAAACUUUUUGAAGACAUGAGAGGUGGCUUAAUUCUGAUUUUUCUUGAGCCAAUACAAAAAUUGGAAAUCACGAAGAAUCUCCGUUACGUUAUUAAAACUAGAACGUGUUUGCAAUGGACAAAAAAUGCUACUGGUCAAAAACUUUUUUGGGAAAGGUUAAAAAUGGCGAUAAAGAAACCAGAAGAUAAAGGCAUAUCAACUCACAUUACUUGAAAUAAAUAUAAGAAAUAUAAAUACUGUGUUCACUGAGUGUUUAGAUCUUUUAAAUCUAAAUUUAUGCAGGAAACAAUAAUAGGCCUUCCUGAUAGCUGAGGUAUAAUUCGUAUCAAUCAGUCUAAAACUUCAAAGAGAAUGCAUUAUAUGAAAGCUGGUGGUGCAGAGACUACAUAAGAGUACAAUGUGUGAUAGCCUCAAAUCUGUUCCUACAUAAGGUUCACUAUAUUGAUGCAUUUUGGUUUUGAGAUCAAUUUUUGAAUACAUUAAAAAAAAAGGAAACAUUGUUUUUCAAUGAUUAAUGGAGCCAUUUAGUACAAUUAUGGUGCAAUAAAAAAGUUUUCAAAAGA